CACUGCUGCGCUUCGUGAGCUUACCCGGAAGUGUAUGUCAGCAAACGUGUAAUGUUUAUAAUUUUCUAACGUGGUUUGUCGAUGAGUCAUAGAAACUAGCUAACUAACGUUAUGGACUGGGGAUUGGCGCUCGAGGAGGACAUGGCGCGCGAAACCUCCGCCACGGGAAACACUGAGCAGCAAUACAACCCCUGGUCCAACCAGUCCAACCCAUGGUCAGAUCCAGGCUGCACCUCGGGAUCUAUAGGGGAGCUGGAAAAGCUGGCCUCAGGGGAUGGACAUCAUGGCACUCACUCGAAGAAGCAAGGCGUCCAGACGGAUGCCUGGACAGCAGACAAAGAUGUUAACACAGAUCAGGAUUGGGAGUCACUGAUGCGGUCAGUGGAUGAGUACAGCACUCACCUGGCCCUGCAAUAUGAGGAGCUGAUGAAGCAGCAGCAGGAGGAGGAGGCUGAUCAUGGCAACCUCGUAGACAGCCUGGUUCAGAAAAAAGAUGAAGGAAUCCACCAGCAGCAGAUGCUGCUGGACAAAAUUGAGUCUCUGCGUGUGAAGCUUCAGCUGAACUGCUGCAAGACCACCCGCAAGAACUUUGCAGUCAAGAAGCAAGACCUCAGCGCGGAGAAAAUCAAAAUGGAGGAGGAGAGGAACAGACUGUCUCAGGAGCUGAAGGAGACCACCAGGAAGCUGGCUUUGCUGAUAGAGGAGCAGAACCUGGAGAAGCUUAUGUGGGAGCGGGAGCUAGCAGACUUGAACACUGAGAUGGAGCGGCUACAGAAAGAGUCAGAGGAGGCCACCCAGACAGCUCUACGGGAUGAGAUUGCAGCUCUGGAAAUGCAGAGAGAUGUGACCAUGUCUGAGGUGGACGACUGGCUGAAAGAGGCUGACCAAUACAUCAACACACUUAGAUUUGACCCCUCUCAGCAGCACAUGCAACAAAGGCUGGAGUGGGAGAACAAUGUGGCUGUUGUUCACAGCAGUUUGGCGGGACUGCAGAAUCAGUUCAAGGAGCACCUUCACCUGCUGCAAAAGGGCCAACCGAUGGAAAGCCUCCCUGGAGUCACAUUACCACACUUACCCCAAGUCCCCACGGUGGACUUGGUGAUGAGUCCGAUGAUGUACGCUCCACCCCUCCCCCCUUUUCAAAAUUUCCAGAUGGGCCCUCCUAACGCCGUGGGGAUGCCCUUCCAACCCCAGCAGCACCACCCAGCUGCCUUCAUAGCCCCAGCCAGAUUAACUCCCCCACCUGUCCCCUCCUCUACUCCCCCUACCUCUGCUUUACCGCUCCACCCAGCCACCCCACCUGUUUCCCUGCCCACCACCGUGGCCUCCGCCCAGCCCCUGCCUUUCAGUAACCCUCCUGCUGCUGGCAAACUGGACAACCUGCUGAAGCGACUGGGGGACAUAUUUCCACAGUGCAACAGAACUCAACUCAUGUCAGUGCUGCAGCAGAUUAAGAAUUCCCGUGGCACCAUGGCUGGCAUGUCUAUGGACGAGGUCACACAGCAGGUGGCACAGAGACUGGCACAGAGUGAGAAACCGGCUCCAGGGCCCAUCAGGCCUCUUUCUGCUGCCAGGGGCAUUCCUGGUCUUCCAGGCCCAAUCCAUCGUCCUCCAGGCCCAAUCCAGAGGCCUCCUGGCCCCAUCCAGAGACCCACAAAUCCCUCCCAGAGACCUGCAGUAACUCAAGUCUUCCAGACAAGGCCCCCACAGCCUGUGGCUCCCAUUAAUCGUAAGCUGUGCUUGAUGUGCCAGAACCACGUGGAAGUAGACAGCCAGCACCCCAUGAGCUGCGCCCACACUGUUCAUAAGGAUUGCAUCAGUGUAUGGCUACAGUCCAGCAAGAACAACACCUGCCCCUUCUGCCCAGCCAAGUGAAAGGAGUAGCAAAAAACACAAAGGAGAAGACAUGAAGGGAAAGAGGAGCUGAACACUGAUAGUGUUCUGUUCAGCGUCACAUAAUGGAAGAAGGAGAUGGUGGUAUAUGAUUCACAUCAACUAUAUACACAGAGCAGACAUGGUGACGUAUUACUAUUCACCUACAGUGCAUUCAGAAAGUAUUCAGAUCCCUUGACUUUUUCAGCAUUUUGUUACGUUACAGCCCUAUGCUAAAAUAGAUUCAAUUAAACAAGUUUCCUCAUCAAUUGACACACACCAUGAUGACAAAGUGAAAACAGGUUAUUUAAGUAUUCAGACCCUUUGCUAUGAGACUCGAAAUUGAGCUCAGGUACCAAAACAUGUAUGCAGCAUUGAAGGUCCCCAAGAACACAGUGGCCUCCAUC